ACGUGGCCGUCUCGGGGCUGCUGCUGCUGCCGCUGCUGCUGCUGCGGGGGUCGGGCGGCGGCCAGGGGAUUUGGGCAGGCACCGCGGGUCCCCGGGAAGGGGACGAGUUGACAGAUGUGCGUGAGGAGGUCUGUGGUCGGCCUCACCUUUUGUACCUGCUAUCUGGCUUCUUACCUCACGAACAAGUAUGUGCUGUCUGUCUUGAAAUUUACCUACCCUACAUUAUUCCAAGGGUGGCAGACGCUCAUUGGUGGACUUUUGCUUCAUGUGUCCUGGAAACUGGGCUGGGUAGAGAUCAACAGCAGUUCAAGAUCUCAUGUUCUGGCGUGGCUUCCUGCUUCAGUGCUGUUUGUGGGUAUAAUCUAUGCUGGGUCCAGAGCCUUGUCCAGACUGGCCAUUCCUGUGUUUCUCACUUUGCAUAAUGUAGCUGAAGUUAUCAUCUGUGGGUACCAGAAGUGUUUUCGGAAAGAGAAAACAUCUCCUGCAAAGAUCUGUAGUACUCUCUUCCUCCUGGCCGCAGCAGGAUGCCUUCCCUUCAAUGACUCCCAGUUUGAUCCAGAUGGAUAUUUUUGGGCUAUAAUUCACUUAUUCUGUGUAGGGGCUUAUAAAAUUCUACAGAAGUCCCAGAAACCCAGUGCAUUAAGUGACAUUGACCAGCAAUACUUAAACUAUAUAUUCAGUGUGGUGCUCCUGGCAUUUGCGUCUCAUCCCACAGGUGAUCUCUUCAGCGUCCUGGACUUCCCGUUCCUGUACUUCUACAGAUUCCAUGGCAGCUGCUGUGCCAGUGGAUUUUUGGGAUUCUUUCUCAUGUUCAGUACAGUGAAGCUAAAAAACCUUCUGGCCCCAGGGCAGUGUGCAGCCUGGAUUUUCUUUGCUAAGAUAAUCACAGCUGGCUUAUCAAUAUUGCUGUUUGAUGCGAUCCUGACCAGUGCAGCCACGGGAUGGAAUGAUGGGGAUUACAAGAUUUGCAAACAGUUCAGUCAAGCUCUGACUUAAAUAGUUGUAAUGCUAUUAAGAUUCCUGGACCCAUGUCAGCCUUUCCUGCUGUUUAGAAAACAACAUCAAAGCUCACCUCCCUGGCUCUCCUAACAGUAAACUGAACCAAGGUUUGUUUUCAUUUAUAGUAUUUACUAAGCUGCUUUGGUGUUUCAUAAAGUAGUUCAGGCAAAGGGACAGAAUGCAAUGUUAUUAUACUCCAGCAUUGUUCUAAGGCUAUAGGAGUAAAAAUGGCAAGGGGCCAGCUGCUACCCUGGCUUUCUCCCUGGUGAUUAAGGAGGAUUAGUGGAAAGUGUAUAAAAUGUCCGAGCCCCUGGUUACAUUUGCAGAAAUAAAACUCUCCCAAACCCAAAGCUCCGUGCAGCCCUUGCAUCCGGUCGCGGUGACUCUGCAUUGCCCGGGAACUUGGCAGGGUGGCAUACAUGCUCUUGAAGGGCUACAAGGGGAACGGCAAUCACUUAAAAGGAAAAGCCAGGUCUUUGGAGGUGAGCCUGUGUGCAAAAAGAACGCCUCCCCUUCACAGUCAUGUCUUUUCCAAAGAGGAUAGGUGAUGGAACCCCUCAGCAUCUGGGGUCCUGAGCUGGACAAUGGACAAGCAGCCUCCCAGCUUCACAAAGGGGCCUCAUUCCCAAAUAGGGUCGUUGGGAACUUGGGUCACAAUUUCUCACAGAGACAGUGCUGACAAUGAUGAUUACAGAUCUGGGGAGGUCCACAGAUAGUAAUUUGGUUUAUAACAUGGACAUUCGUUCCAGCUACAUUCUUGUAGUUAAAUAGGAUCGAUCAACUUAGUUUCACUGUUAUAGUUUUAUUUCUGUAGGAAAGAGGAAAGUACAUCCCAACUUGGAGUAAGGUACUAGGCAUCGAUCUCCCUCGGCUCCCUCUCCUCCAUCCCCAUUGUGAACCAAGUGGGGGACAUCCUGUAAGCUCCCCAACCUGACUGACCAGUGUCUCCUGAUGCCUUCCCCCAGAGGCCUUUAAUCACCAGAGAGAGGAGAUCACAGUGUUUGGGGGAUUCUCCCGGUCUCUAAGCUGAGGAAGGAGUACAUUUGUUCUCUCUUGCUCUGGAGAGCAGCUUUGGCCUCGCGGGCGAGGUUGUAAGAAAUUACUGCUGUAGAGUUAGUGUGAUGAAGGGCUGCCUGGGUCAGCGGGGGGAAGGAACAUGUCUCAGUCAGUCCCCGCCAACCCCAGUGGCUUCCACAAGUGAGAUGCCCAUGGAGACCCAUGUGAAUCCAGUGACCAGAGCCACUCAUCCAUGGGGCAGGCUUGCCUUGCUCAACAGGACGUGCCCCUCACUAGACAUCUUCAGGCAGAAGUUGGGUGGCCCACCGGGAGGACCACUGAGGAGGGGAUUGCUACUCUCAGAGGGCAGUCGGCUGGAAAAUAAUAAUAAUCCUGUUUUAGUGAUUGUCCAUCAUAGGCUAAACACAGGGGUGGGUUGCUGCUGAUAUAUUAUUUCUAAGCCUCAUAGAGGCUGUUAGAUGCGAUCAUCUCCUGUGGUACAGAUGGAGAGACUAAGGCUGAAAACGUACGCAAGAUCACCUGACUAACAAAUGCCUGUGCCAGAGCUUGAAUUGGCCUGAUUCUAAAACAUAUUGUUUUUAUAUUCUCACUCAUAGUCAAUUCAUUCCUAUGCUAAAGUGGAAAAUGGUGUGAGUUACCUGUAUGUCAGGGUCACCCACCAAAGGAACAUUUUUCACAGGGUAUAUAGCGUGAACAGCCUAUGUGUGUGUCAUACACUCAGCACCCCAAACAUUCAAGAUACAAAGACGCCAUGGCCUGGGUGUGUGUUGCAAGUGAGCGUAUGAAGGACUGGGGUGUUGGAUAGGCAGAUGAGAGAGGAAGGGAAGGAAAGGGUCUGACCAAAAGGGCUGUUGGCACCUCUGAAAAAGGGGCUCUCCCCAUCACAGACCUACCGCCAUAGUCCCUUGGUGAUGGCCCAGCACAGGCCCCAGAAAACUAACGGGAUUCAGAUAGUCACCAGACUGUCUACGGUGAGGUUCAAAAUAGAAAGUGGAGAGGACUUUGGCUGUAUUACAUUUGAGGCAUGUUAAAAUAUUCAGCUCUUCUUCCCUCACUCUCUCCAGUUCUCCCACUGCUUUUUCAUUUUCAGAUCACUGGCCAUGUUUCUUUCUGUGCUGGUGGGAAAAUUAUGAUUCCCCACUUGUAUUUUCACCUUUAAAUGUUCUGUAGUUUAAAUGAAAUGAAAACUGAGAUUGUCACCUUAAUUUUAAGAGUAUGGAUACCUGUGUGAUUUCCUGUCCAUCAGCCCAAUUUGCCAACAGCACCAGAGACCUCUAUGGGAUCGCUCCUGCCAGAAGUCUGUGUUUCUGCCAGAGGGCACUAACCCAGUGCAUCACCCUCACCUGGUCAGGAUGUGUGGGACACUUCACCUCCUUCCCCAAGGGAAGGUAUCGAGCCCGCCUGCCAGCCUUCUCACCUCCCAUGUGUACCCGAGGUCUGCCCCGAGGGAUAGGAGCGAUCCUGCGCUUGAUCUGGAAGCAUGGCAGUUCGAGCUGGUGAUGAGUCACAGUUGCAGAAUGAGGGGAAGCACCCCUUGCCCUGUGUAUGUGGGCGCCAGGCAGCUCAGGGGUCCCAGGGGAGUGGAGAGCUGACCUUCU